AAAACAAGCGGGACUUAUUAAUGCUGUGUUGCUUCUAUGUUUCAGGAUAAUAAUUCUUCUCCUCUAAUAUGCUUGUCGAAAAUUGUCCUCAGUAGCAUACCUUCUGGGUGGAAGGUUAAGUCUCAGCUAAAUGAUUGCUUCAAGUUGUUUUCAAAUGUUUUGCCUUUCUCAUCACCACUGGAAUUGGAGUAUUUUUUCCAGUUUAAUCAUUUCGCAAACAAGGGAGAAAUAAAAACUAUCUAUGGGACGUUCGCUUACUACAAAAUAUCAAAGAAUUUGAAACAACUGAUGUUUCGGAAGGAACUAUCGCUUAGUAACUCAUGUUUGUUGUCUCUAAUAGAAAAUCCUCCUCCUAAUUUCACCACUCAUUGCUUGCUUGGUCUACCUUCAACAUUAUUUCGACAGUUUAUCAUUAUUAAUUUUUGUAUAUAUUGGCUUCCAAUGACACAUGUAUUAUAUCAUCGCACAGUUCCGGAGGAGGGCAAUACCGGGGCUUUGCAGACUGUUUUCAGUUUUUUAGCCGAUCCACACGUUUUCAACAAAUUAUAUGAAACAUGCAGAGAUGUGCAAGUGUUUAUAUAUUCUUGGAUGCAACACAGUCAUUUCUAUGGUGUUAGUGGGGCAAACACAGAGGUCAACCAAUACAUAAACAUAGUUUUUAAACAUUCAGAUUAUUCUCCACUUGUCGAACCACAUGCGUUGUCGAAUAAUUUGGUUUUAAACUUACAUGAAGUUCUCAAUCGAGCUCCCCGAUUAAAACGUAAUCCAGCUCCAGAAGUAAUAGCUGCUGCGUUGCUUGGUCUUAAAGUUUCUAACUUCUUGUGUGAGUGCUCAGAAUAUGUGCAUGCCUGCAAAGCGGCUCGGAGUGUUCAUGAAACUGUGCGUUCUUUUUUCACGCCUACAAAAUUCCAUCAUGCUCAGCAACGUCUUGAGUAUGACGCUAUGUGCAUUAUGCUUCGAGCGAUGAAUGCGCAUAACAUGUACUUAGAACCUGAAGAUCAACAAGUUUUCCAACAUGAAGCACCCGAUUUACUAAAGUCGAUGUGGAAGUCGCGGUUGUUGAUGACUAAGUCAAUGAAUAUGAAUAAUUUUGACUAUUCCUUGUUACCAAUUAGCCUGGAGAAUACUUCUCAAAAUGCUUAUGUUUCUAUCGGAUUAUCGGCUUCUCGAUCAUCUGAUGAGAUUUCUGAAGGUACUUCGUCUCCUUCUAUCAGAAUUCUUGGACCUGCCGGUGAUGAGUCUCCUUGUGUAUUAGAAACGCUUACAACUCGACCGGCGUCUUUAAUUUCAGAUUCCUACUUUCCAACUGUUUAUUCGACCUCCGAAGUUGUGCUCAACCUGUUGGAUGGUAAUCUUGAUACAUGCAUAUCCACUAGUGCUUAUAUGAAUGCCCAACUGGCAACUUAUCAUUAUUCCAUGUGUCACUAUCAGAUUGCUUUUCAUUUUACUUUGUUGGCUAUUGAACAGUUAGAACUAUGUUUCAAUCACGGUACACCACCGUCUCCUCAUGUUACAGUUGAAGUUCUUCGUAUUAUGUGCAAAGUAUGUAUCAUCAAAAGAAAAUAUAGCUUAGGGUUAAGAAUUAUUCAACAUGCAUUAGUGUAUACCAGGUAUGUCUCGUGUUAUUGAUAACUUUUUAGCAACACAAUUCUUUAAAAAAAAAUAUUGGCCUAAUUGUGUAUAGUAUUGCGACCAGUUGUUUUAUAUCAUCAGGUGUUAUUUAUUCUAUUAGUUUAUUAUUUCUACCUUAGACUUAAUCUAUUCUGCCGAUGGUUCCUUAAAUUAACUAACCUUUAUGUUGUAAGGUUCUAAUUCUUGUCCUAUUUCAUGAAUUAUCUUUGGCCUUCAAGUUUUCAUCGAUCAGCUUAGUAGAGGGGCACCUUUAUGAAAUUCCUAGUUGAAACUGGUUUAAACUCAUUAAAUCAGUCAAGGUCAUAACAGACACAUGGUAUCAUAAGUCCAUAGACGCCAAAUUCAACCUUUAGUCUAACUCAUAAUUCUGUUCUUGGCAAUUGUUUCCUUUUAAUUAAAUACCUUAGUUAUGUACCAGCAUACGAUAAUGCUGUUUUGGGCGGUCGUCUGAUUGCAGUACUGAUACACAUGCUGUUUGAGUCAGAAACUCAAGACUAAGUAGGAAGACUCUAUUGACUAAGUCGAGUCUAAAUGUAUGUACUGACUCAUUCAUUAAUAAAGUUAUUCGUCCUUCAAAGAAUUAAGCCUGUUUUCUAACCAACAGCGUAUAUCUACCUCUAGAUCAUUGGACCGAAUUUCGAUCAUUAAUAUGCAUCCGUUAGCCUUGAACUAAUACGUAUGGUUGACCCAGCCUAUCAAAUAGUUCAUAUAAAUAAACGAAAGCGAUUAUUUUAUAAUAUUCAAUUUUUCACUAGUUCGUGAUUUAAAAUUCUAGUAUUGAAGUUAAAAUUUAUACAUCUAAUUAGUAUAAACUGUAUAUAUGUCUUGUGAACCAUUAUUAAAUCACUAGUCAAUUUGUUUUAUUUGGAGAAUUUGUGGAACGCAUUGCUUUAAGAUUAUGCUAAUUGAUUAGUGGAUCAUGAAAAAUUCUAAGUUUGAUCGACCAUUUGAAAUUUUCGCGUUAAUUAGCCAUAGGGAUCGAAAAGAUCAUUUAUUUAACUUCUUAAGAUGUCAAUCGUCAGUAUCACCAUGCUAAGUUUAUUCAGGGCAACACUGACGAAUAAAGUAAAACUGUAAACUGUUGUAAAAUUUUCAUUAUUUCCAUAGAUAACUCCAACAUAAGUCUAUGAUUAUGUGACAAUGAAAUUGUGACAUUGUUGACGGAUUACAUCGAACUUUGGAAAACGGUAUUCUCUUUCUGGGGGGGGGAACGUAAGGAAUUUGUCGGGCCUCAAAUUAGAUCAACUGAAGUAGUCAACCGAUGAAUAUUGGAAUAAUACAAUGAGAAGACGAGGGUUAUUUUUAAAAAAUCAGCAAAUGAUCUGUAGAGUUCGAGGUCUGUAUACAUAGCUCUCUUUCCUUAUCAUAUCUUCCUUUUCAUAUAUUUUUAUACCUAAAUUUCAAAAGUAAAACAGUGGUUAUAGCGUUGUUUGUAGAAGGACUGCAGUUUUCCCACGAUCAAACAUUCAGAUAUUCUUGAAGAUCACUGAAACUUAGUGGUUAUUUACCAACUGCUCUAAUUUUCAAAUAUAUAUGCAGACUAACUGACAAGUUAAUGACUCUGAGUCAUUUUUAACCUGAAUGAUUUUUAAAAUUUCACGUUACAUAGUAAGUUUAAACAAAUGUUGCUUUGAAGCAAACUUUUACUGGUACAAUCUUUAAUAUGUUUUUAAAAAAAUGCAAUUUUGAGAUAGUUUUAUUAUACUAAAUGUUCAUUGGUAGUUUAUCAGACUAAUUACUCUUUUUGUGACGAAAGCUUUCUCGUGGAGAAUGAUGUACUUGGUGCACCAGUGUAUUUAUUUUAUCUUAUUUGAACACAUAAAUAUUGGUACAAGAGAGCGCCAAUAUAUAUGCGCCACACAAAACAAUGAGAAUUCG